UUGCAUGUGUAAGAUUUUUCUUUUGAAAUCAGAACCAUUGACUUAAUCUAAUGGCUGAUGCUUGUGCUGGAGAGAGCAAUAGAGAAAACGCGAGAAAGGAUUCGAAUUCAAUAUUUCCUCUCUCAACUGAGCGGAAGUGCGAAGAAAUUGACACUGAGCAUGUUGCUCUUCUUCUGCACGCAGGAGGUUGCAAAAUGAGAAAAAGAAAGGUACAAGUGAGUGAUAAUAGUCAACCUGUAAGAGAGAUGUUGAGGUGGACGGAUGAGAUGGACAACCGUGUACUAAAUGCAAUGGUUGAAGAAGCUCGAGCAGGUAAUAGGAUAGAUGGAAGUUGGACACCACAAGCUUACACAAAAAUUGUCCAAACCUUGAGAGAUUCAGGAUUAACGGAUGUUACAAAAAAUCAUGUAAAAAAUAGACAAAAAACAAUGAAAGAUAGAUGGCGUGAAAUUCAUGACCUAUUCAAUGGUCUUAGUGGAUUUGCGUGGAGUCCAGUGACGAAGAGAUUUGAGGCUGAAGAUGAGGUUUGGGAUGAACUAAUAAAGGCUAAACCAUCGGCUGCAAAAUGGAGAGCUUCUCAAGUGAGGCAUUAUGAUCUUCUUGAAGAACUUUAUGGUUCAAAUCAUGCCACAGAACACAUGGGAUGUACUCCAAGGCAAACUCAUCGAACUAUGGACAAGGAGAAUGUCACCAUUGACUCCAAGGAAACGUUGAGUUCAUCUAAGGAAAAAAGAGGCAGAGAUGGCAAACAAAAGAAAAGGCAAAAAACCUCUCAACCUCAAUCACCUGAGCCCGUAGCAUCUGAGGACAUUGCACAUAUAUUGGAUCAUAGUCGCUAUUUCAGCAAACAAAAACAAAUGACAUCAUAUGCUGAUGAUUUCCUUUUAAGGGAUCUCGUCCAUCCUAAGAUUAUGGAUUUUGAUUACUUUGUGACUAGUGGUCUUCAAUUUCAGGAAUUACUCUCCGUCCAAGGACUUGACGCUUUUGUCUCACUUGAGGAUACCUACUAUCCGAACCUGAUAAAAGUUUUCUAUGCAAACUUAACCAUAUUGGACAAUGGUGACUUGUGUUCUGAGGUUUGUAAAGUGAAGAUUCGAGUCAAACCACGCGAUUGGUUGGCUAUAGCUAAUUUGAAGUAUGAGGGGCAAAAGUUUCAACUUUCCAAACUUCCUGACAACAUUGGGUUUCAUCGUGGUCAGGCAUUGGAUGCGAUGGUCAGACCUGAUUUGCAGGGACGCAACUGUAAAAAUACUGGUAGUUUGACAAUUGAAGAUAGACUCUUGCAUUAUGCAUUCGUGCAUAUUUUGAUGCCACGCGGGAGCAACUAUGCACUAGUUUUGAUGGAAGACAUUUUUAUUCUUUGGGCUAUCAAACAACGGAUUCAAAUCAAUUGGCCAUACCUCAUUUGUCAACAUAUGAAGAAGUGCAAGGUUAAUGGGAUGCCCCUUCCAUAUGGUUUACUAAUAACCAAGAUAAUGGAAUUUCAUCGCAUUCAUCUUGGUGCAGAGAAUGAGAGUUUACCUGGUUGGUCUAAUCGUUUCAAUCAAAAAAGCUUGAAGAAAUUGAAAGUCAUACAAGUUGAUGGAGUGUGGCAACAUUCUGAUCAAAACAUGUCGAUGCCUAUGGAACAUGGAGAGGAGGAUGGUGACUCAGAAAGUGCUGAAAAACCUCAAGGUAGUCAACCUCAGGCACCUCAAGUAACUCCUGAUAGUGAUAUGUUAAACCAAUUUUUCUCUAGUAUACAAGGUCUACAAGAUGGAUUAAACCGUUUAACAGAUAUUGUACGUGAGGAGUUUCAAAGGGUUGACAAAAGGUUUGAUGACUUUGACAAACGGUUUGAAGAUCUUCAUAAUCUCUACCAGCAAGGCCCAUCCCAAUAGAAUGUAGUUUAUGUUAAUAGUUGACAUUAGACUACUCUUUUAGAUCAUAUUUGUCUACAUUUGUGGAACAAGCUUAUCUUUGUUAGUGCACUUUAGAAUUUCUAUUAUGUAUUGUUAUUAUAAUGUGUUGAACCUUUGUUAUCUUUUGUUGUAUGUGGAAUGAUUGUAAUCAUCAAUUUAAGUCUGAAAGUUGUCUCUUGAAUCAUAUAAUUAA